ACUGGAAAUAAAAAAAUAAAAAAGGCAAGUACAUGAAUUGAAAAAAAAUUAAAAAAAAAGGGCUUUCCCCUUCAUUCACACAGAGAGGCAGACACAAGUGAAGAAGGAAAGAUGAGAGGACCUACGUACUUCGAAAACUGACUUCUCUAAUCUCUUUGGUCUUUCUCGCAUCUGGGUUUUUCAUUUCAGUCCCAAAGUUUCUGUCUUUAAGAUUGUUGUUUGGAGGUGUUGAUCAUGGCCUUUAAGCCUUAUUUUCAAAGAGGUUACCGAGCCAAUUGUAUCAACAUUGAAGAUAUUCAGUUGAAUACAAAUUGGGAAGAUGUGAUUUGUCCAAUAUGCUUGGAUUUCCCUCACAAUUGUGUUCUCCUCCAAUGCUCAUCUUAUCAUAAAGGGUGCCGACCAUUUGUGUGCGAUACUGACCACUUGCAUUCAAAUUGUCUGGAUCGUUUUAAAAAUGCCAGUGGUAUGCCAUCCCUUUCAACAUCCGAUUCAACUCCUUUGACAAAUACUCAGCCAACAGUAGCGGAUAGCAAUUGCAAACUAGCUUGUCCGUUGUGUCGAGGUGAAGUUACUGGGUGGGUUGUUAUUGAUAGGGCUCGUUUAGAUUUGGAUGAGAAAAAGCGUUGUUGCGCUGAAGAACAAUGUACAUUCACAGGAACAUAUUUUGAACUACAUGAACAUGCUCAAGUAGAACACCCACAUGCUCGCCCUUCAAAAAUUGACCCUGCUCGGCAGCUUGAUUGGGAAAAUUUUCAGCAGUCAUCUGAGAUAAUAGAUGUUCUGAGCACCAUACAUUCAGAAGUGCCACGCGGAGUUGUUUUAGGAGACUAUGUGAUUGAGUAUGGGGAUGAUGAUACUGGAGAUGAGUUUGAUGACUUCCCUAGGGUCAAAGGCAGCUGGUGGACUUCUUGUAUCUUGUAUAAGGUUUUUGAUAACUUCAGAAACUCAAGAAAUAGAAGAAGGGCAAGAGUAGCUGAUACAAGGAGAGGAAGUCGCCGCUCAAGUCACGAUACUUCGAAUUCUGAUGAGAGCUCUGUGGCAUCUGUCGACUUUGCAGAAUACAGAUUAGAUGAGACUGAUGAUGAGUUUGCAAGUUCAAGUGUGCCCUCUAGGGGUAGUUCUGGUCAUCGCAGAUCUCGAAGACACCACUCCCGCUUCUUUGACAGUUAGGUAUGGACUUGCUCAUGGAUCAAGCUUUGACAAUCAACAGUGGCCUUAGUACAAGUGAAGCAGAAUGCUAGUGAUUCCGCAGAUAAUUUCGGUUUCAUCCGAAGCUCAUCUUGUUGUAUAUGUAAUUAGAUUUGCUUGAUGGACAUGAAUUUUUGUAUUUGCCAUUUCCAGGUAUGGUGACUCCAUUUUUUCUUUUUAAUUUGAGAUUGAUUAUUAAUUUGCUUUAAUAGGACUUUGGGUGUCUUCACUGUAUAUUAUUUUCUGAAAUUGCUACCUUAUCUUUGAUCGACUCAAAUUCUGACCAACAUAAAUACGAAGCAUAUUUUCUGGCAGUU